AUGGCAUCCGAUCCAUCAGAGCACAUGUCUCUAAAACUAAUAGAGGAAGAGGUAGAGAGUCACGCACCUGCACCUGUGUUUAGUCGGGAGCGCAGUAGCAGUAGAGCAGAACCAUCGUUGAAUACUUUAAUAAGGACACAGCAGGCCUUUCUAGAGCAAAUGACUCAAUUGCUCAGUCAGGUUACCGAAGCUAUGCCACUACCUCCACAGCCAGUAUAUAGGACCCUAGUAGAGAGAGUUAAAAAUGAUGAGCAAUUCAGGAGGGAUAGAUGGCAUGAAAGAAAGGAGAUUGAAACAUACCAGAAACUUUUAAGUGAUUUCCAAACGACCCAGAUAGACUGCAUGAGAGUUCUCAAAGCGUUGAUUAAAUCCAAAGAUUAUUGGCAGCCGCUGCUUUUUCAUGGAGCCACCAAGAAAAGGGUUAACAUUGAUGUGCUGAGAAGGAAGAAUGUGCUAUUGCUUGUUUCGGGGCUAGACAUUUCCCACGAUGAGCUUUUGCUUCUUGUACAGAUUUACAAUGAGUCCAGGGUCCUUGCCACCAGGCUGGAGAGUAAGUAUGAGGUGGUUUGGAUCCCAAAUGUGGACUGUACAGUGCCCUGGAAUGAUUCUAUGCAAAAGCAGUUUGAGGCCCUGCAGGCUACGAUGCCAUGGUGCUCGGUGGACCACUCGUUAAUAAUCGAAAAAGUGGUCUUUAGAUUCAUCAAGGAGGUGUGGCACUUCAGGGACAAGCCCAUCCGGGUGGUGCUUGACCGUCAGGGCCUAGUGGUUUGCCCUAAUGCACUACCUAUGAUGUGGAUUUGGGGAAGCAAUGCUUUCCCUUUCACUAGCUUGAGAGAAGAAUCUCUCUGGAAGGAAGAAACAUGGAGGCUUGACCUCCUGGUUGAUGAAAUUGACCCAACUAUUCUCAACUGGAUUAAAGAAGAAAAGUACAUUUUCUUGUAUGGAGACGAUGUCGGGUGGGUGAGGAGGUUCACUAACAACGCACGAGCAGUUGCACUGGCAGCAAGCGUACCACUCGAGAUGGUGUACGUGGGCAAGAGCAGCAAGGGGGACAAAGUCCAGCGAGUCAUAGACUCAAUCAAUUUUGAAAAGUUCAGCUACGUCUGGCAGGACCUGACCAUGAUAUGGUUCUUCUGGAUCAGGCUAGAAAGCAUGCUAUUCUCCAAGAUUCAACUCGUCAAUAUCGAUGAAAAUGAACCUAUAAUGCAAGAAAUCAAGAAACUGCUUCGCUGUGACAAAGAAGGUGGAUGGGCUGUGCUCAGUAAAGGGUCUAACGUUGUGGUUAAUGGGCACAGCACCAUAGUUUUGCCUACAUUGAUAGAGUAUGAUUUGUCCUUCAAAGAACACCAUGACAAGCUUCACGGUGUCGCUCACCCUUGCUGCCCUUUCGAGUUCCCAAGCACUGCCGCUAGGAUCCCUGAGCACCUGAAGUGCCCUGAGUGCCAACGCGUCAUGGAGAAGUACUCCACUUUCCUCUGCUGCCACGAGGAGGGCUUUGCAGAGAUACCAUGUUAA